GUGGAUUUGUGCAAUAUCAGUACACAGUGAGUGCUUACACCAGUGCAACAAACCAAUUACAAAGGAUUAACUCCCGAUAUUUCAGGAAUUACACAGAAUCUCUAUAAACUAUAACAAAAUGAAAUAUCAAAUUGUUUUGCUGUUCGCCUGCUUUGCCGCCGUCUGCUUGGCUGCGCCACGUCCCGAUGAAGCCGAUGAGAAGGCCGAGACAUUGCGCCUGGAGGCCGAGAAUAAUGGCGUCGAUAAAUAUUCCUUUUCCUACGAUACUAGCAACGGUAUUUCACGCACCGAAGAGGGUGAACUCAAGACCAUUGACGAUAAUGCCGCCAUCGUUGUGCAUGGCUCCACUUCUUGGACGGCACCGGAUGGCAAGAAAUUCGAGCUCGUUUUCACCGCCGAUGAACUCGGCUAUCAUCCUUCGAUCAAACUAGUCAGCUAAAUAAAAUAUUUUUUGGUGUUUACUUAGCUUUACUGUGCAAAUUUCACCGCCAGAAAUUGUGUUUAAAUUGUAUCUAGUAAAUAUAAACGUUUAUGAAUAAAUAUUAAAUUGCAUGCAUAUAUGAAAAUAUACAUAA